AUGGAUUCGCACAAUGCCCCCGCCUCCUCGGCGGGCCGGGGCACGGAUUUUGAUCCUCGCACUCCUGGAGCUCACGAAGGAACCCCGGUUUCAGAUCAAGGCCACAAUACCUCCAUGGACGGUGCAACUGUAGGCGGCACGGACCGAGUAUAUCCUAUUCGGUCAAUCAUUUCCUUCAACCCCGCUGCUACGGAUCCCAAUCAGCAAGGUAUACCGAAUGAAAUCCGUUCGCCGCGAAGUGGUGCUCGCUCUUAUUCAAUCAUCGACGCCGAUACCUGGGACCAAUUGAGUUCGCAGCCCACUAGUUCGCCGCAUACCAACCCUUCUCCUAAUGCGCCUGUCCAUACGCCCGAGUCGACCGAUCGGCUCUCGCAGCAGCAAUCUAACGUCUUCUCACCGGCCUCGAGCGCUGCCGAGCGAGACGCUCCGCCGGACGAAAGCUCCACGUACAGGAAGGUGGCACCGGAAGAGGGCCAUGCGAGCCUUGUUACUUCGCGAUUCCAGCACGUGGUUACGGCGGCGGGUCAUGCUGUCAUCACAGGCAAUACACCUGAUUCCUUUCGGGCCUGUGAAGACGAACCAAUCCACAUCCCGGGCGCCGUGCAAACCUUUGGCGUCAUGCUUGUUUUGCGCGAGACACCCGAGGGUUCUUUAGCGGUCCAUGUAGCGAGUGAGAACUCAGAAGCUAUUCUGGGUCACUCGCCAAGCAACCUUUUUGCGCUGGAGAGUUUCACUGACCUCCUGCAAGAUGAUCAGACCGACAUCCUCCUCGAUCACAUUGACUUCAUUCGAGACGAUGGAUAUGAUCCCGUUAGUGAUGGCCCGGAGGUUUUCAUUCUGGCUGUCAAAGACCGAUUCGGGCGGCCUCGGCGCUUUUGGUGUGCCAUUCAUGUUAAUACCGCUCACCGGGAUGUGAUCAUUUGUGAGUUCGAAUUGGAAGACGACCGCAUCAAUCCUCUCAAUGUUGCUGGACGCACGACACCUACAUCCUCGACAGUGACUCUGGGCUUUGAGCCAACCCCAGAUCAAUUAGCAAGCAGCACUGUGAACAUUAGCCAGCCGUUACGAGUGCUUCGGAACGCACGCAGAAGGAGGGGUGAAGCAGCUGCCAUGGAGGUGUUCAGUAUUGUUAGUCAGAUCCAGGAUCAGCUUGGUGAUGCCCAAAAUAUGGACGCCUUGCUCAACAUCACGAUUGGCAUAGUUAAAGAGUUGACUGGAUUUCACCGCGUGAUGAUAUAUCAGUUUGAUAGUGAGGCCAACGGAGAUGUGGUGGCAGAAUUAGUGGACACAAGAAUGACCAAGGACUUGUAUAAGGGAUUACAUUUCCCGUCAACGGAUAUCCCAAAGCAAGCCCGCGACUUGUAUCGUCUCAACAAAGUGCGCAUACUCUACGACCGUGACCAGAUGAGCUCACGGUUGGUGUGUCGAGGCAUCGAGGAUCUCAAGACACCUCUGGACAUGACACAUGCCUACUUGCGUGCAAUGUCGCCUAUCCACAUCAAGUACUUGGCGAACAUGGGGGUCCGUGCAUCCAUGUCGAUCAGUAUCAACAACACGCAUGAUCUUUGGGGUCUGAUCUCCUGUCACUCUUAUGGAGACACCGGCAUGAGGGUACCUUUCCCAAUUCGGAAAAUGUGUCGGUUGAUCGGCGAUACACUCUCACGGAACAUUGAACGUCUCUCUUACGCAUCCCGUCUUCAGGCACGCAAGCUUCUCAACACUAUUCCUACGGAUGCCAACCCCUCGGGUUAUAUAAUUGCCUCAUCGGAUGACCUGCUGAAGCUUUUUGAUGCGGACUAUGGCGCAUUGUCAAUUAGAGGGGAGACUAAAAUCCUCGGGAAGUCAACCGAGUCACAGGAGAUGCUGGCUUUGUUGGAGUUCCUCAAGAUCCGCCAGCUCAAUUCCGUCGUUGCAUCGCAUCACGUGAAGAAGGAUUUUCCAGACUUGCGUUAUUCGCCGGGCUUCAAGGAGAUCUCGGGCAUGUUGUAUGUGCCUCUAUCGGCCGAUGGCAAGGACUUCAUAGUCUUCUUCCGGAAGGGCGAGCUGACGCAGAUCAAAUGGGGUGGCAAUCCUUAUACGAAACUUCUGCAGACUGGUCACCUCGAGCCUCGCGCGAGUUUCCAGGUGUGGACUGAGACAGUGAUGGACCGGGCUCGUGAAUGGACCGAAUCGGAAGUAGAGACUGCAGCCGUCUUAUGCCUCGUCUAUGGCAAGUUUAUCAAAGUAUGGAGACAACAAGAGGCUGCUUUGGAAGGUUCGCAGCUGACGAAGCUGCUUCUGGCCAAUUCGGCCCACGAGGUCCGAACUCCGCUGAAUGCCAUUGUCAAUUAUCUGGAAAUUGCUUUAGAAGGUGCCUUGGACACGGAGACUCGCGACAAUCUUACUAAAUCAUACUCCGCCUCCAAAUCAUUGAUUUACGUCAUCAACGACCUAUUGGACCUGACGAACACCGAAAAGGGACACAACCUGAUUAAAGAUGAACCCUUUGAUCUGCCCUUGUGUUUCAAGGAAGCGACCGCCAUGUUUUCCGGCGAGGCGCACCGGAAAGGAAUUGAGUAUACUGUUCACGCCCAUCCAGGUCUCCCAAAGACCGUUUUGGGUGAUGAACGGCGCGUUCGGCAAGCAAUUUCAAAUCUAAUCUCGAAUGCCAUUCAGCAUACAUCUACGGGUGGCGUCACUGUCGAAAUGUGGCGGGCUCCUGGCAAUCCGGAGCCUGGGUUUGCAACCAUACACAUGACAGUGCUUGAUACGGGGACUGGAAUGUCUGACGCUAUGCUGGAGACGAUGUUCCAGGAACUGGAGCAGGUCUCCUCGGAGGACGACAGCUACUUUUUCGACCGAGAUCCCAACAAUAACUCGCAGCAUACCGAGGGUGAACGCGGGAAAGGUGUCCUCGGACUGGGGCUCGCUUUGGUGUCUCGCAUCGUACGGAAUACCCACGGUCAGCUCACAGUGCGGUCGGAGGAGGGCAAGGGUAGCCGCUUUCAGAUUUCGCUACAGUUUUCUACUCCAGACGAUACAGGUUCCGACCAACCCGAAACCCCACAGCCGUCCACGCAGGAGGGGGAUGCCACUCCUUUUGAGGCCAAGGAAGAGUUUAUCUUAGUCGACAGCAGCUCGUCUGCACCAAGUGAUGGAUGGCGUCGUAGUGGUAGCCAUCGCGGCACGAUUAGCCCGUCUGCAGAUGAACUGGACGCCAAACUGGUAGCAGAGGAUUCUAUUGAUCGUACGAAAGACGAAGCUGCUGGUCUGCUUCCCUCUUCAGAUCGCCGAAAACUCGUCACGCUGCCUUCCACCCCUGAAAGGCUGGAUGAUGUCACACGUGCCUUGCAGCAGAACGUGCAGAAUCUCACCAUAUCCGACAAACCAGCAAUUACCAGUGCAGGCCCUGCAGGACCCGCUCCAACGAGUGUCCCCCCUGCAGACUCAGACGCUAAAGCCCCACCUGGCAAAUACCGCGUUCUUGUGGCCGAAGACGAUCCUAUCAAUGGCAAGAUUGUACAGAAGAGGCUUGGAAAGCUAGGCCACACCGUCCAACUGACAGUAAACGGCGAAGAAUGCGCAGCUGCAUACCGGGCCGAUUCUGCGCAAUUUGACGUCGUCUUGAUGGACAUCCAGAUGCCGAUCGUGGAUGGUAUUAACUCGACCAAGAUGAUCCGCGAAUUUGAGACUUCGUCCGAUUCGACCGCGCUCUCUUCGGUCGCAAAGCUGAACAAUCGGAUCCCUAUAUUUGCAGUUUCCGCUUCUCUUCUAGAGAAGGACAUGUCCUUAUAUGUCGAUGCAGGCUUCGACGGGUGGGUCAUGAAGCCCAUCAACUUCAACCGGCUCAACGUCCUUUUGGAAGGCCUCCAAACGGGGGAUACAAGAAAUUCUGCCACGUAUCAUCCUGGCUGUGACUGGGAACAAGGCGGCUGGUUCACGCCUAUUCCCGAAGAAAAGCAGUAG